GCCACGGAAAAUACGUGGAAGUUAUGUGGGAGAUGUUUUCUCUUCCACAUCAUGGCUCUUAAGUCGAUUCUUGUCCGUUAAGUUUGUGCGAUUGUCUGAUCUUGCAGUGCCAAAAUGAAUGCAUCGGCAUGGAUGCUCAAAUUGGUAAUAUCGGCGAUACUCUUUCUUCUGACACCACCUGCACAGACCUUUUCGGAUGAAGAUAUAGAAACGACUAUUAACCGGGAAAUCGUUGAAAAGCUCAGUUCACUUCCCGGUCAGGACAUAUGUGGUACAAGCAGAACCAUCCAAGGCCGCAUUGUUGGAGGAAUGCCAGCAAAGUUGGGUGAUUGGCCCUGGGCUGUGGGCAUGGGGCUGACAUUGAAGUAUAAUAACGCUUAUAGGUUUGCUUGUGGUGCUGCACUAAUUUCUAACAGACAUUUGGUAACGGCUGCUCACUGCUUUAAGGAUUUUAAGGAGCCUUCGUUUCAACCUAAAAAUCAACAUUUCGAUACCGAAGGGAUGGCAUUUAGGAUCGGCGAGUUAGUUUUGAACAAUACAAUCGACGAGAGAGCCACACCGAAGAUUUAUCGGCCCGCAAAAAUCGCUGUGCACCCGAGAUUCGGCGAUGAUACAACGGAGGGCUUCGACAUCGCAGUUAUCACCCUGGAUUCCGAGGUACAAUUCACAGAUCUCAUCAGACCCAUUUGUCUUCCCAUCAGAGAUUUUUUCUUCAAGGAUGACUUUGAAGGAGAAACGGUAACCGUCGUCGGUUGGGGUAAACGGCAAGAUAAAAGGGGUGCCCCUAGCUCCAAUCAGCUGAUGCAAGUGCAGCUUCCCAUACUGAGCUCAGUGGAGUGCCUUACAUUGCUGCAACGCAUUCAAAUUAAGUUUUCCCCUGAUGGCUUCUGUGCGUAUUCGGAGAAUAAAGAUGCUUGCCAGGGUGACAGCGGUGGCCCGACAAUGUUGUACAGAGAUGGAAAAUGGUAUUUGUACGGAGUGGUAUCGUAUGGGCGUGGUUGUGCUCGAAAAGAGGCGCCUGGUGUGUACAAUAAAGUCCACACCCAUCUGAAAUUUAUUGCUGAUUCAUUGGGCUAAGUGCAGGAUCACUUUUGAGUUGGAAAAUCAAGUUCGUUACUUGAUUAAUGGCAUUUUAAACUCUCAACACAUUGUACGAUGAGGGGGUUUCGAGAUGAAACAACUGAAAUGCUUGAGUCUAACCACCGAAUUCUAAUCGACCGAAAAAAAGAACAAGAAAACCGAUUAGAUUUUUUUAUUUCGGGACUUGGUGUUACAAAAUGUUCAAUAGUUCAUCCGUAUAGCUAUACUUGAAUUAUUAGACGUAUUUGAAAUUCGUGUCUAAUGACGAAAAACUCUCUUGUUGAUUAAAAGUCUCGUAUAACAUCAAAAGCUCUUUUACUAAUUUUGUCCAAAGCCCGAAAAACUGUAAUAAUGAAUGGAAUAAAGCUAAAUUUGAGAAAAAAA